AUGGUGUCAGUGAUAUUCGGCAAUAUUGACAAGUAUAAAGUACUACCCAAUUUAAGGUUGAGAAAAAAUCUUGGAUCACGCAAAGGUUCACGAACUGGUAACUCUGGCAAUUAUCUAGAGCUUCAAGUACUCACACAAAUACAGCACGUGCCUUGAAUCAAUCGUCCAAAUUGCGCUACCCCAUCGAUUCUAACAGUGCAUUUUAAUUCAAUUUCAUUAAUAAUCUUCUUGGCGGUAUUCGGGAAUAAAAGGAAAAUAAAAAUUCAACAAAAUGGUUCAAGGUGAAAAGUUUGGAAAUCACUUCGAUGCAUCAUGUAUCAGUUAUGGAAAAGACUCGCAAUCGAAGCGUGAUGGAUUUUUUGCGUUGCAAAAGCAGGUGGUGGCAUCAAAAUCGUCGUCAACAUCUUCAACAUCAUCGAGAAACAACCAAAAAUCGGAUAAGACAAACAAUUCAAAUUGGGGUCCAUUCAAAGAUCGGAAUGACUUCGUGAAUAUGCAUUUUUGUUAAUCACCUAAACCGAAAAUUUAUUUUAUGGACAAUUUUUGUAUUUGGAAAUGAUUAAAGAAAAAAUUCAUGAUUUAAAACAAAAUCAGUAUGAAAAAAAAAACAAA